AUGAACGGCCUGGCAGGCAGCAUCUCGACUGCUGGCCAGCUGUACGUCCGAGCACUCUACGACUACGAUGCCGACGACCGUACGAGUCUGAGCUUCCGACAAGGCGACAUCAUACAGGUCAUCACCCAGCUGGAGAGUGGGUGGUGGGACGGCGUGAUUCACGGCGUGCGAGGAUGGUUCCCCAGUAACUAUUGCGCGGUGGUGGCGUCGCCCUAUGAAGAUGGCAUGGGAAACAGGAUACCCGGCGAUUCAGAAGCGGAAGAGUCGGAGGAGGAGUACACGGAGCAUGCACACGACCACGCUGCGAACGGCGUCGCCAGUCAACAGGAACCUGCGCCUGCGCCUGCCAAUACCCAGGAGGAAGCGGCAUUCUGGAUACCGCAGGCCACCCCAGAUGGAAGGCUGUUCUACUUCAAUACACUCACGGGCGAGAGCACAAUGGAGCUGCCGCUGGAGGCGCCCACGUCCGUCAACGAGACGGGACCGCGCGACCGCACCAACAUCUUCAUUCCCGACCAGACGCGACCGCCCGCCGAGUUCAUGGCAGCGGGAGGAUAUGAGCGUGACGACGAGACCGACUAUGCUUCUGCGUCAGAGGCUGAGGACGCGUCGGUAACACAAGGAUCGAAGGCCUCGAGCGUAAGUAACACUUUUGCACGUGCGGUCCACCUUGCAAUCUAUGUGACACUCACUAACACAGCCAAUCUGUCAGCAUCGACGCAGACGGUCGUAUCUGUCCGACGGUGUGUCACCGGCGACGUCCAUGGAUUCUUUGAGCGCAGCGUCCCCGAUGAGCCGCUCUCGCACAAAUCUUACAGAAGCAAGCAACACGUCGCUUUCGGCCAUGCAGCAGGGGAUCCCGCCGGUUGGUACCACUAUGUCUUCCUUCGCUAAUGCGCCUACUGGCACUUCGAGCACCUCGUUAUUACCGCGGAGGUUCUUCGACGAUGCACACGCUGUCCCGUUGACGUGGAACACACUCGUCGAAGAUAUGCGGCGCGCUGUCCAGAGAUACCGCGAAGUCAUCACCAACGGCGACCGAUCAGAGUUCGUCCACAAAGCUGAAGACAUCUCCGACCAUUUGCGCAUGCUGCUCGCCGCCGGUUCUGGCACCACCGACAAUCAUUCUGGCAAUCCCUCCAUCAUCUCGACAAAUAAGGCAUUGUAUCCGCACUUCAGGGAAAUGAUGUCCAGAUUCUCGAAGCUCGUCCUUUCUUCCCACAUCGCCGCGGCGGACUUUCCCGCGCCGGAUUCUGCACAAAAGUGCUUGCAGGAAGCCGAGGGCGUGCUUCAUGGUGUAUACGGCUUUGUUGAAGUCGCGCGGCAACAACGUGGCGAGGAGAUACCGAGGCUGACGCCUGGCUUUGUUGCUGGCAGUAGGACCGCUGGAAACUGGCAAAGCAACGGCUUGAGCUCCAAGGAUCCUCUUGCCUCGACGUCCUUCAUCGAUGAUGAGCACGAAACCUCCACAGAGGCCUCCGCUGCACUGGACCCUGAGCUGCUGUCUCGACUGGACGACUUAAAACGUCUAAUCGUAUCCAGUAUCCGACGUUUGGACGAGCACUUGGUCCUACGCGAUAAACUGAUCACCCACCACAAGCAUCGGCAGAUCGGCGACGCUAUCAAUAAGUCGGGCUCUCGAGUCGUCGAGGUCUGCCGACCGUAUCUCGCCACCGUCGAAUCCGUGAAUCUUGGUCCUCUCACCUCCGCUUUCCAAACGCCGCAGCUGAACGAUUUCGCCGAGCACAAGCAGAAGCUUUACGACUCCAUCACCGACCUGAUUCUGGCAUGUCAAGUUGUCGCAAGCCCGCUGGGAGACGAAUGGUCGCAAGUUAGGGGUCCUUCGUUGGAGGAGAGGCUGAAUCGCGUCAAGUCGGUGGGAAGAGAGCUGGACACUGCUACCAACCAAAUGUUCUUCUCGCUGCAACUGCUCUCGGAGUUAAUACCUCAAGACUCAUCCAACAGUCAGCAGCAUCGCCUGACGGAUGGCGGCGCGCCGUACGAACAACACAUGAGGAACAGCUCGAAGCACCUUCGACCAACGCUGGCCGAUGUCGGGCAGUCGAAAUCAUAUUCAGAAGGGAGCGGACCGCCCGCGGAAGCUCGCAGCUCAGAAAGCUCAAAGGUCAAGAAAUUCUUUGGAGAGGUGCCGACGACGCCAUCAAUAGCAGGUCGCGACUCGGAGGAAUCGCCGGACUAUCUGAAACUCGACCACGAGGGCGAGAUCGCCUACGAUGCCAAGGUCGAUCCACCCCAGCUUCGUGGAGGUACUCUGACUGGUCUCGUCGAACAACUCACCAGACACGACCGCCUGGACUCUCCUUUCAACAAUACCUUCCUCCUGACGUAUCGAUCAUUCACGACGGGAUCAGAGCUGUUCGAGAUGCUGGUGAAGCGCUGGACAAUACAGCCUCCUGGAGGCCUCGCUGGUCUCGACUUGCAGACUUGGACGGAUAAGAAGCAAAAGCCAAUAAGAUUCCGCGUGGUCAACAUCGUGAAAUCCUGGUUUGACAACUACUGGAUGGAGCCGAACGAUGAUGCCAGUCAACAGUUGAUGCAGCGCGUGUAUGGCUUCGCCAAGGACACAGUACAAUCAACGAGCACACCUGGAGCUGGACCUCUGAUUACUGCCAUUGAGCAGCGAAUGCGUGGCCACGAUGCGUCAAGCAAGCGACUCGUCUUGACGCUCAACUCGCAAGCGCCGCAGCCAAUCAUACCCAAGAACAUGAAGAAGCUCAAGUUUCUCGAUAUCGAUGCAUUGGAAUUCGCCCGCCAAUUGACUAUCAUCGAAUCAAAGCUCUACGGCAAGAUCAGGCCUACAGAGUGCUUGAACAAGACCUGGCAGAAGAAGCUGGCACCGGAUGAGGCCGACCCUGCAGAGAAUGUCAAAGCACUCAUCCUGCACUCCAACCAGCUGACAAACUGGGUCGCCCAGAUGAUCUUGACUCAAGCAGAUGUGAAGCGACGUGUGGUCGUGAUCAAGCACUUCGUCUCGAUCGCCGACAAGUGCCGAGGCCUGAAUAAUUUCUCUUGUCUGACCUCCAUCAUAUCCGCCCUGGGCUCAGCACCGAUUCACCGACUGAACCGAACGUGGUCUCAAGUGAACGCCCGAACCACGCAGACCCUGGAAUCCAUGCGCAAGCUCAUGGGCUCGACGAAGAACUUUUUGGAGUAUCGAGAGGCGCUGCACAAGGCGAAUCCGCCAUGCAUUCCCUUUUUUGGCAUCUACCUGACGGAUUUGACGUUCAUUGAGGACGGUAUACCCAGCAUCAUCAAGAAGACACAGCUCAUCAACUUUGCCAAACGAGCGAAGACUGCGGAAGUCAUCCGCGAUAUCCAACAGUACCAGAACGUGCCCUACGGCCUGCAGCCUGUCCCAGAGCUGCAGGAGUACAUUGUGCGUAACAUGCAGAGCGCUGGAGACGUGCACGAGAUGUAUGAGCGCAGUCUGCAGGUAGAACCAAGGGAGCGAGAGGAUGAGAAGAUUGCGAGGUAUGUCGAGAACCAUGAUUCCGAGGGAACAAAUUACUGACUUGUCGAAAUAGACUGCUCUCAGAAUCGGGCUUCUUGUAG